AUGGAGACCAACGGCAGUAGAAACUCGUUGACCGUCUUCCACAACGCUACGAUCGUCACCAUGGACUCCGACCGACGAGUGUUCAGAAACGGCGGGAUCGUCAUCGAGCGAGACCGCAUCAAAUGCAUCGGCCAGUCCCCGCAAAUCCUCUCUCAGUUCUCCUCCGUCGCCGACGAAAUCGUUGACCUCCACAGCCAAAUCUUACUUCCAGGGUUUGUCAACACUCAUGUCCACACCUCGCAACAGCUCGGCAGAGGGAUAGCCGACGACGUCGACUUGGUGACCUGGCUACAUGAUCGCAUUUGGCCCUAUGAAUCGAAUAUGACCGAGGAAGACUCCUAUAUUUCUACUCUGCUCUGCGGAAUCGAACUCAUCCAUUCCGGCGUGACUUGCUUUGCUGAAGCAGGAGGGCAGCACGUUUCGGGGAUGGCUCGAGCUGUUGAGAAGCUAGGGUUACGAGCUUGCUUAACUAAGUCGAUUAUGGACUGUGGCGAUGGUUUACCGCCUUCUUGGGCGGAUCAAACUGCGGAUGUUUGCAUUCAGUCUCAGAAGCAGCUCUACAAGAUGCACAAUAACACUGCAGAUGGUAGGAUCAGGGUUUGGUUUGGAAUCAGGCAAAUCAUGAAUUCAACGGAUCGUCUACUAAUUGAAACCAGAGAUGCAGCUAAGGAUUUGGAAACUGGUAUCCACAUGCAUGUUGCAGAAAUACCUUAUGAGAAUGAAGUCGUGAAGGGUACUCGGAGCGUUGAACGUGGAACUGUAACAUUCUUGGAUAGGAUUGAGUUCCUCCGGAGUAAUUUGCUGGCUGCUCAUACUGUGUGGGUUGAUGACACAGAGAUCGGUUUCCUAGCAAGAGCUGGAGUCAAGGUGUCUCACUGCCCUGCUGCUGCAAUGCGAAUGCUUGGAUUUGCCCCCGUUAGAGAGAUGCUUCAGUCAGGCAUUACUGUCUCCUUGGGAACGGAUGGUGCUCCAUCUAAUAACAGAAUGAGCAUGGUUGAUGAAAUGUAUUUAGCUUCUUUGAUCAACAAAGGACGUGAAGUGCAUGCAAAUGGGACAACUGAUCCAACAGCCCUCCCAGCAGAAACAGUUCUAACCAUGGCAACCAUAAAUGGCGCAAAGACGGUCCUUUGGGACGACGAAAUAGGUUCAUUGGAGGUUGGCAAAAAGGCUGAUUUGGUCGUGAUCGAUCCCAACUCUUGGUCUAUGGUUCCAACACAUGACAGCAUUUCCAGCCUUGUCUACAGCAUGAGAACUGAGAAUAUCGUUUCCGUGAUGUGUAAUGGCGAGUGGAUUAUGAAGGACAAGAAGAUUGUGAAUGUAGAUGAGGGGGAAGUAAUUGCAUUGGCAAAGGAUGCCUCGGCGGAACUCCUAAUCAGGGCGCGUAUCAGCAUACCAAACAGAAUGAAUUUCAUCUGA